AUGUCGAGUGCUACAGCCAUGAGACUUCGCCCCAGAAGUGGUGCUCCGCCAGAGCUCCCAGCUACAGCGACAAGAGCCACGAGAACAGCGAGCGUAGCAGCAAAGAACAAAACAGCCGAGAAAGCCUCAGCGGCGAAAGAGCUGCAACCUAUCGAGUUGGACCAAAGCACCGAUAUUGCUCAGACAUUGAUUCACAGCUCCAUCAGCAAUGUGUUGUUCUGCAGAGAGAUCUUCGCAGAAAGUUGCUAUGAGCAUCAGCAAUACAAUCGCGACGACCCGCAGUGGACUUAUGACGACUACAUAGCUGGCCACGAUCCCACCAAUUCGAGUGGACUACAGAGGGGGGCAGUUAUGUGUAUCUUGAAGCGCGGCCGUAACAAGACGGUGAACAAACUCAUGGACUGGCUAGUAUGGACACCAUCAGUUGCCACUUCAGUCGCUGAUAUUGUUAUUUCCCUCGGCGGAAGAGCGGAAAAGGGCGCCUUUGAUGCUCUUAAACACAGAUACCUUCGUGCGGUGCAAAUACAGAUCUACGAGGACCCAGACAAAGCCUACGAAGUCAUCGAGACAUACACAUUCACCGUCAAGUACGUUGAUUUGCCAGAGUACGGCGGGAAAGCAGUUGCCGGACUGCAGUUCGAAAGCCCAGGUGGUCAAGUAGAGGAACCGCUGGAACAGACGGGCAGCUUGGCCAGCCAAAUCUUGACAACAAGAAGAGCAAAACACAAUCUUGAGAAAUUUAUUCGACUGUUGUCACGUUUCUGUGGAACUUUGCCGCACUUACCAGAACAACGCAGAUUGCGUAUGUACUUGUUUUACACCGAUGACACUCCUGACGAUUAUCAUCCUCCUGGUUUCGUCAAAGGCCAAGGUCCUAACAUAUGGUUUCCGGAGGGUGAUGGGUGGGAGAGACACACCCAUAAACUCCACGAGGCUGACCUCGGACACCACAAUAUCAACCUCACGAUUUCUUAUAUUGAUCGACGUGAAGGCGUCAGAGAGGAGAUUCCGAGCGACCUUCCAUAUGUUCGCGGGACCACAAGAGGUGGAGAAAUCGAUGAAGACAUGGUUGACUCGAGUUCUACCACGAAACAACUAUCGCAAGAUCCAAAAAUCACGGUUCCGGAGCAAGCUAGCAAAACUGUUGUGCCUUCUACGCCCCCAGUGUCAACCCAAGUCUACAACCAGGAAAUGGAUGUUGAUCUAGACGAGAUAUCUGAUAGUUUUGAUGCAGCCCAGGCUCGUUCAAGGGACCUUCCCCACGACCGGGACCCCGAGGAUAUUGAUGGAAGGCAGAUCGCAAUCAACAAUUCUAAUCGUGGAGCGGAUAACGAAGAAAGUCAACAAAGUUUGAUUAUUCUUCGCAGCAUGCCACAAAACUCUCCUCCAUCUCAAGAGCUUGUUGAAACACAGCCUGAAGAUUCCGCGGUCUUUGAUCGGGAUUCGCCAGCCCCAGAUGGCAGAAACCAGCUUUCGCAAAUGAAGGUCGAAGAGCUCAACCGCAAAAAGCGUUCGGACUUCCAAACAUCAGUCACACGUCAUCACUUUAGCUCUCAAAGUCAAGAUGAUAUUAUCAGCUGUCAAUGUGGAUGCAACAUCCAUUGCGGAUAUUGCAACACCUGGCAACAUCUCCAUUGCUACGGCUACCUUUCAUCUGGCAACGUUGCCGAGCCUUACGCUUGCUACAGGUGUAUUCUGGAAGAAAAGGAGCCUGAAAAGAUUCCGAAACUCCAGAGACUGGCGAUGUUGCGCAGAGGAAUCCACGUGUUGCAGAUGAAUGGAUAUAGGAAAGAUGAAGAGUUUCGAAAAGAACUAGGGUGUGAUAUUCAGACUGCUUCUGGACUUGUCAAAUGCCUGAAGGCGGAAGGGUUUCUGCUCGCGCUCCCUGGCUACAAACGCAAAGGCUUCAGUCAGAACUUUCCGGGGAAACGACCAUUUCAGAUCGUUGAUCAGAAGAGCAAGGUUUCAGAAAUGAGAGCCAAGUACUUCGAUCCGUUGCUUCAUAUUCGUCAUCACUACAGGAAAGCUCACAGUUUACUGCAGUUUGUUCUGCCCAAGCAUUCUAUUCCUUCAGUCCCAGAGGACACUAGUAUACAACUUCCACCACCUCCUCACACGCAAGCGUCUCACGUUCAACCAGAAUCCAGAAGAUACACGCGGCUCAGUCUUCCACACAGACCUAAUACAGAUUACGGAAUCGACAUGUUUUCGCCCACCCCUGGGCAAGGUAGCAUGCAGCGGGCACGGACAAUGACCACGACUGAUUACACGCCACAGUCAGAGGAGGGUGUGAGCUUAGCAACGCCGAGCCGAAAGCGUCGAAAUUGGCCGGAGCUUGUGGGUACAAGGGUUACUCCACCGCGUGCAGCGAAGAAGCGAAAGCUAUUCGACAUGAGCGAGGUCUCUCUUGACGGAACGUUCCCUGAAUCCAUCUCCUAG